AUGCUUCGCGAAAAGCUCCUCCGUUUAGAGAAGCAACGAGCUCAUUCCGAGCCUCUCCCGUCCGGGCCCUCGCCAUACACGUCUUCAAGCUUCUUCAAGACACCAACCGCCACUCCCAAGCCCAAAGCCAAGUCCUGGAAUCACCUCUUCAGCAACGCCGCCCUCAACCAGGGCACAUCCGUCCUCAAAGCCUUCGCCCGCUCCAAGAGCCUCUCCCCCGACACCAUAAGCCUAGGCACCGGCCGCCCGUCCGCCGAAUUCUACCCAUGGACCUCACUGUCCAUGCACACUGCUGCCACCACCAGCAGCAAUAGCAACCCCACCACCUCGCCUCCUCCCCAAACCACCAUGACGACGACCUGCUCCAUCACCGACACCAGCCCCUCCGCCUACAACCUCGCCGCCGCGCUCAACUACGGCUACGCCGCGGGGUCGCCGCAGCUGGUCCGCUUCGUCACCGAGCACGUCGAGCUGGUGCAUGACCCGCCGUACGCGGACUGGGAGACGUGUCUGACGGCGGGCACGACGGCGGCGCUGGACACGGUGCUCGGGCUGUUCUGCGAGCGCGGCGAGGACACGUUGUUGGUGGAGGCGCACACGUACGCGGGCGCGCUGGACGCGGCGAGGGCGCGUGGGUUGGACGUGCUGGGCGUGGGGAUGGAUGAGGAGGGGUUGGUGCCGGAGGAGCUGGAUCGGCGGCUUAGAGAAUGGGAUGGUGCGAGAGGAGGUGGCGAGAGGAUGAAGAAGAAGAAGAAGAAGCCGUCGGUGCUGUACACGAUCCCGUCGGGACAGAACCCCACGGGCGCGACGCAGAGCGCGGCGCGGCGCCGGGCCAUCUACGACGUCGCCGAGCGGCACGACCUGUACAUCAUCGAGGACGACCCGUACUACUUCCUCCAGUUGGGGCCUCCUCCUCCUGCGCGCGUCCCAUCCUCCUCCCAAGCCGACACCCCCCUCUUCCACCAAACACCACCACCGCCAACGACUAACAACGACCACGACGCCGACGACGCCUACCUCACCACCCUCCCCCCCUCCUACAUCUCCCUCGACACCUCCGGCCGCGUCCUCCGCCUCGACUCGGCGUCCAAGAUCCUCGCCCCGGGCCUGCGUGCCGGCUGGCUGACGGCCAGCGCGCCCGUCGUCGCCAAGUUCCUCGCGCGCACCGAGCUCGGCGCCGGCGCCCCCAGCGGGCCGACGCAGGUGUUGCUGUACAAGCUGCUCGACGAGGCGUGGGGCGGCCACGCCGGGUUGAUUGGCUGGCUGCGAAGCCUGUCGGAGCGGUAUAGGCGAAGGCGGGACGUCCUGGUCGAGGCGUGUGAGAGGUAUUUGCCGAGGGAGGGUGGGGUGUGCGAGUGGACGGUGCCAGCUGAGGGCAUGUUUUUGUGGGUGAGGGUUGGUGGGCCGAGGUGUCCGGGUGCGGUGCGGGCUGGAGGUUGCGGUGGUGAAGGUGGAGGCGGUGGUGGUGAAUCACUCAGCCUCGUCAUUGAGGACAGGAUCUUCGCCCAGGCGCAGGAGGAGGGAGUCUUGGUCAGUAAGGGUAGCUGGUUCGCCGCUGAUGACGAGGCGAAGAAGGCGGGCGGUGUCAAUUUUCGGUUGACGUUUGCAGCGGCGCCGUUGGAUGCGCUGGAACGUGCUGUGAGGCGGUUUGGAGCCGCCGUGCGCGCCGUGUAUCAGCUUGACUGA